AGCAUUUGCGCACAUUACAUUCACUAAGUUGAAAAUGGCCGCUUAAGACUUAUCGUUAUCGUUCGUGUAAUAAAAAAAAUGUGCCUUUUUAAAAUGGAAUCAAUCGAAAUUACUGUCAACAACAAUCUGGAAGAAUUCAUUGAAAAUAAUUCAUUUAUCUCGCAGAUCAACAGUAAAAAACGCAAAGAUUUUGAGUGUUUUAGACCUUGGAACGACGCACAGUGCAGUGAUCACGUUCAUAGAGUUUGUCCUUGCUUGACUCAGAGAAGAGGGACUGGUGGACUGUUGAUGCACCCUAACGUCUGUUGAUCCGCCCCAUGGAGAUAACACCCAGACGUUCACUCUCCCUAAACCUAGAAAUUACAAACAAGAAUUUCGGCAUUUCCCCCCCAAUCAGAGAGAUGUGGACAGCCCAGAGUAUGAAGACCAUGGAGACACCCCCGUCCGGCUACAGAAUGAGUCACUCCCUGAGUAUGGACGACGCCCGUGUGAACCCCACCCUCCAGAAGAAGGACAACACAAUACUCAGAAGUAUGAUCGGUAUAUUCGGCUCCCUAGGAAGUAUGGUAUCAAAAAUUCCGAGCUUCAUGUCCUCGAUAAACAAUCCACUGUCAGUAACAGUUGUCUCCAACGAGGGUAUCAUCUCCCCGGAGUACAUUCUGAAGAAUCUGACCACAAGUGGUGAUCACGAGGCACCAGAGCCCCUAAAACUCUUCGACGAAAUUCAAGAGAGCUCCCCCUACAACUCAAAAUCAAACAUCGCCGAGAUCUUGGCUGAAAGAGUUGGGGGAAAGGGCUUUCUGGACGUGAAUAAUCUCGCCAAGAGUUGGAUCGAGGGCCUCCAAGACGCCCAGGAAUCAAUAAACUCCUUCAACGAGUCCAACGACCUGAACCUGGCAAUUCAGGAGAGCCUCAAAAUAAAGAGUCAGAAUAAUUACCUUCAGGACACGACCCCAGAAAUAAUCGAUGAAUUAGAAACAAAUUCAGAUACGAAACGAAAUAAAAUUGAGGAAGAGCUCGCGAGGAUGGAGGAGGGGAAAAGCCUCAAAACGAAGAGUCAGAAUAAUUACCUGGAGGCCACAACCCCAGAAACAAUCGAUAAAUUAGAUAUAAAUUCAGACAUGAAGCGAACUAAAAUUGAGGAAGAGCUCGUGAGAAUGGAGGAGGAGAAAACAGAAGCGAAGAUUGACGAUAAAAAUUGUGGGAUGGAAGGGAGUGCUGGUGUGUCGUUCUCAGCAGUAGACGACACCCUCGACAGGAUGGACUGUGGAAUACCUUCGAAGAGGCCUCACCUCCAGAAAACUCGACGAAAACCCAAUACAAUAGCCAGAAGCAGGGGCAAAGCCAGGGGCAAAUAUCAGUUGAGAAAGUCUGGGGUGAGUCAGUCGAAGCACAGAAAGGAGAGGACCAAGCAGAAUCUUUAUUCGAACAUUCAGGAUGACUUGAGUGCGUGGGAGGAGAUGGAGGAUGACUCCUCGGAGGAAGUCCAUUGUCGCAUACCGAUUGUCGAUGGGGAGUGCAGAGAUGCUGAUGCAUAUCACAUACCGGAGUAUCCCAUGUUCAUUGAGACGUUCGUCCUUGGGGAGUCGGGGAGGACCCAGAGGGGGAGGAAGGUCAGGGGUCCCGACAGGGGAAAGCUGUCGUACAGGGUGAGGUUCCGACCCGACUGCAAGGAGGACGUCUUAUCACCGAUUACUCAUGACUUCAGACAGAGAUUGCUCUCGGAGAGCUCCAUUGACUCAGAGGACAGUUGCUGCAUUGUCUUUGAGGAUGAGUCAGAGUAUCAGUCAGAGGACGGUUGUGGUAGUGAGGAGUACGAUUUUGGGGACAGCAGCGAUGAGGAUGAGGAGAAAGAGGAGGAGGAGAGGGCUGAGCAAAAGGUCCGCUUCAAUCUCGAGCCAACGGUUCACACGAUGAUACAAUGGAACUACGCGUAUCGUGCAGCACGCAGAGGCCCCUGGGAGCAAAUGGCCCGAGAUCGGGACCGUUUCCGAGUCAGGAUAAAUUGUAUUGGACGUGUGUUGGAUCCCAUCCUGACUGUUAAACACCGUGAAUGCAUUUGGCACGAUCGUUUUUCCGUCGACGAGUCGAUACAAAAAUAGGGAAAAUUAAUGAAAUUAAAAAAAAAAAUAGAAGAAUUAAAAAUUUAAAGAGUGAAAAUAAAGGAGAACGCUGCAACUAAAAUCAAUUUUUCAUCAUCAUAGGAGAAGGAUUUUAAAGACUACGUUUGUUAUUAUAAUUUAAGGAUAUAUUGUAUUGGUCCGAGACACACGGGUGCAAUAUGGUGGAGGAUUAUAAAUUAUGGUCGAUUAGUUUAAUUUCGUGUACCACAAUUUUCUUAUUUAACCGAUUUAACUAUUCCAUUCUCUGUUUAUUGAUUAGAAAAAAAAUCUAAAAUUGAGGUUUAAUGAUGGAAAUCCAUUCAGAAGGAUCAAUAUUUGAAUUAAAUUUAAUAACAAGCUGUUCAGUGUGAUGAUUCUCUUCGGAUUUCUUCAAUAAAACGUUCUCGACAUGUAAAUACAGGAUAAUUAAUCGAUGUAAAAGAGUUUUCAUAGUUAAUAUAUGCUUCACUUGAGUUAAUUCGAAGAGACAGUUGUUCGCUUGUUGACUCCUUUGUUACCAUGGUGAUCACGAGAAAAUAAUUGAUUUUAAAAAUUUUCAAACCCAAUUUUUUUGCUAUUCAAAAAAAAAACUAUUCUCUGGCAGAAGCAAGAGAAUUGUUUCCAAAAAAAUUGUUUUCAUGAAAAUUGUUGAUAUUUUCUAAAAAAAUUCUAUUACAAUUUUCCUGUGCAAUAAAUGAAAAAUUAUUGGUGUUGAAUAUUUAUUAAAUGUCGUUAUAAUUCUCCAGCAAAUUAAUUUCAUCAGAUGGUCAAAUUCUCCAGGCAUUAACUCUUCUGUUAAUAAUUAUAGUAGAAUAACUAAAUCGCAUUAUGAAGUACCUACACCAUAUUCAUCUAUCUGUAUAAAUAUAAAGAGUAAAUAAGUGAAUCGUUCGCCUAGAUAAGUGUAAUAUAAAGGAAAAAAAGUGUAAAAUGGAAAAAGUAAUUUAUGCAGCUUUGUAUAUCCCAUACUUUUUCAUUUGUCUCUAACAAUCCAAAAUUAUCUGCAUAAAUCAAUAUUAUUUUAAAAUCACUGUCCGAAUAGUUAAGUGACAAAAGAUUGUGUAAUUACAGUUACCUGUGUUAAUCAAUAAAAUUAAUUAUAUUCGCAAUGA